CUUCUGUUGUGUUUCUGGAAGCUACCAGCUGGGAGAAGGGGGAGAAGAGCCGCACAGAGCAGAGUUUUUCUUUCAUUUUCGUUUAAUUUUCACCUCCUGAGCGGCUCUUCAGUAAAACAGGUCAUUUCUCGGCGCUGCAGCUCGAUGGGAAGUGUGUAGCCAUGUUCAGCUUCGAGGGAGAUUUCAAGCGGACGCCCAAAGUGUCCCUUGGAGGGGCGAGUAAAAAGGAGCAGAAAGCUUCACUGCUUCACCGCACGCAGGAGGAGAGGCGCAAGCGAGAGGAUGAAAGGAGAAGGCUGAAAAGCGCUGUUGUCAUCCAGUCUUACAUACGAGGCUUCCAGGAGAGGAAACGACAGCAUGGCAUUCAGCGAAGUCACUUCGACCGCUGCCUGUGCGAGUGUCAGGGUUUCUCCGGAUCCACGCUCCCAGACCCUGCACCGCUCAGUCUGCUCAUCCGCCGUCUUCUCUUCUUCUACCGCCAUAGCGAGGAUACACACCGGCUGAUCUCGCUGUGUCAGAGCGUAGUGAAGCACCACGCCCAGUUUGUGAAGCUCCUCGCCGGACCCGAUAGAGGCACCUGUGUGUUCCAAAUCAAGAGGCUUCUCGGACACUGCUGCAGACUGCUGCAGCUGUAUCAGGAUGACGGCGGGAACGUGGCGGUCCCCAUGCGCAUGCUGGAGGUGUUCUCCUCAGAGAGGACGUACCUGCCCCCCCUACAGGACGCCAGCGCUGCCGCCGCGCUCACCGAGCAGGUGUCGCUCUAUAUGGUUCAGAAAGGUUACUACAGGAUGCUGUACGUCUUGGCCAAUCACAAGCUUCCGUCCAGUCUGGACUACAGCGACGCCCCCUCACUUCCCCUCGCACACACACUGCUGGAACACACACUCAGACCACUGCACUUUACCUACAGCUCCUGUCCUGCCGGCGCAAGACAGUCUGUGUUCUCAGCCUUCACAGAGGACUUCAUCUCUCCCCCCUUCACGGAGCAGAUCUAUCACUUCUUCGUCCCGGCGCUGACCGACCCCAGACUCUGCUUCCCGUUCCACGACUUCCUGUUCUCGCUGCAGGCCACCGUGUCCUCGUCGGACCGCGCCCAGUGCCACGCCCCAUGGCUCUUAUACUUCGUACUGUCGUUAGGGGACACGGGGCUCGGCUCUCUAUCAGAAGAGGGUCUGCAGUUGUACCUGAGCGCUCUGCAGUCUCUUCUCCCUCUGCUCCCCGGGAGCGAGAGCCUCACCAGAGCCAACGCCAACAGCGACUCGGAGGACGAGGACGAUCCCUCCACACACCCUCGUUCUGUACAGAAUGAUAACAGGUUGUCUCUGCAGUUGGUCACACAGCUGUGCGUGCAGAAGUUGGACUCGAAGCAGCAGACGAACGCCCUGCUGUCCCUGGUGUGGAGGGACUCGGCCAGCGAGGACGUCUUCACCAUGAUGGCGUCCAUCUGCCACACGCUCAUGGUGCAGCACCGCGUGAUGGUGCCCAGAGUCAGGCUCCUGUACAGUUUGGCCUUCAACGCCCGCUUCCUCAGACACCUGUGGCACUUAAUCACGUCCAUGAGGACCAAAAUGAUCACAGGGUCUCUGGUUCCGUUGCUGCAGUUGAUGUCUCGCGGCUUUCCCAUGUCCCCCGAGGACUCGAGUAAGAUCAUCCCCCUGUUCUACCUGUUCAGCUCUCUGUUCAGCCACUCGCUUAUCUCCAUCCACGACACCGAGUUCUUCGGGGAAGCCAUGAACGGUCAGAAGCAGGCGUCCAUGAUGCCGUUCUCCCUCCCGGAGCUGGUGACUCUGUCUCGGUGUCUCCGCGACGCCUGUCUGGGGAUCAUCAAGCUGGCUCACCCCGAGACCAAGAGUGGACACACGGAGGAGUACGCCGCCGCCUUCCGCAGCGUCCGCGUCAAGACCAGCAGUCAGGUGCAGCAGCGCAUCCAGAACCAGCAGAAACACUGGGUCCAGCUCUUCAAGGUGAUCACAAACCUGGUGAAGAUGUUGAAGGCGCGCGACAUCAGGAGGCCGUUCUGCCCGGAGGGACACUGGCUGUCGGACGAGGUCAACAUCAGGGCCGACACGGUGACUCAGCUGUACGUGCCGUCUGCGCGACACGACUGGAGGACGAGGCUUAUGAGUCGGAUCUUACCGCUCCAGUCCACGUUAGACGUUCCCUUGGAGGCUCCGCCGCUGUCCGUUUCAGAGGAGAGACACCUGGCCAUCCUCACCGAGCUGCCCUUUGUCGUUCCCUUUGAGGAGAGAGUUAAGGUCUUCCAGAGGCUGAUCGACGCUGAUAAACAGGACGUACAGGGGCGCAGGCCUUUCCUACACAACAUCAACGUCACCAUCCGGAGGAAUUACAUCUACGAGGACGCCUACGACAAACUGUCUCCGGAGAACGAGCCCGACCUGAAGAAGCGCAUCAGGGUGCACCUGCUGAACGCUCACGGCCUGGACGAGGCCGGCAUCGACGGCGGAGGGAUCUUCCGCGAGUUCCUCAGCGAGCUGCUCAAGACGGCCUUCAACCCCAACCAGGGCUUCUUCAGGACCACCAACGAGGGUCUGCUGUUCCCGAGUCCCACGGCCAAGAUGCUCAUCGGCGACAACUUCACGCGCCACUACUACUUCCUGGGACGGAUACUCGGCAAGGCUCUGUAUGAGAACAUGUUGGUGGAGCUGCCGUUUGCCAGUUUCUUUCUGUCCAAGCUGCUGGGGACGAGUGCCGAUGUGGACAUUCAUCACCUGUCCUCGCUCGACCCCGAGAUGUACCGCAACCUCCUGUUCCUCAAGAGCUACGAGGGAGACGUGGAGGACCUGGGUCUGAACUUCACCAUCGUCAACAACGACCUGGGAGAGGCUCAGGUGGUUGAGCUGAAGCCGGGAGGGAAGGACAUCCCGGUUACCACGGCGAACCGCAUCGCCUACAUCCAUUUAGUGGCCGAUUACCGGCUGAACAAACAGAUCCGCGCUCACUGCCUGGCGUUCAGACAGGGCCUGGCCAACGUGCUCAACCUCGAGUGGCUCUGCAUGUUUGACCAGCAGGAGCUACAGGUUUUGAUCUCCGGUGCACAUGUGCCUAUUUGUCUGGACGACCUGAAGAAGUUCACCAAUUACUCAGGAGGCUACUCUCCCACACACCCUGUCAUCAAGAUCUUCUGGGAGGUGGUGGAGAGCUUCGGUGAGGAGGAGAAACGCAAGCUGCUCAAGUUCGUCACCAGCUGCUCACGUCCUCCUCUGCUGGGCUUCAAAGAGCUCUAUCCCGCCUUCUGCAUCCAUAACGGAGGGAACGACCUGGAGCGUCUGCCCACCGCCAGCACCUGCAUGAACCUCCUCAAACUGCCCGAGUUCUGCGACGAGCAGCUGAUGAGGAACAAACUGCUCUACGCCAUCGAGUCGUCCUCGGGCUUCGAGCUCAGCUGAGAGCCGUCGCCUCGGUGACCGGACAAGGGGCGGGUCCUUAUUCACACCUGUAAGAUGGAAAAAAAAGAAGAACAACAAAAAAUAAACGAUUUGACAUGUUUGGACGAGCGAUGCUGAAAAUCCCGAUGAUGGGAUUUAUGAGCGAAAUGUUUUUUGUUUUUAUUUCAAUCCCGAACGUGGACAGAACGUCAGAAAAGGUGUCCAGGGAGACGGAAAUAGCCGGAACGCUCGGAGCACUGCACAUCUUAUUAAAA